AUGUAAGCAAUAAUGAAGGCUUGCGAAUCAUUCCACACACAAAUCGUCGAAAAGGUACCAAAAGCAUGAAUAACCAUGCACAAACAAACACGAAGAGUAUCGCACACAAGUAUCACCCACAAACAAUUUUAUCUUGCCCCUGCUACAAAACCAUCCCCCAGAUGGUGAUGAACAUACAAGGGAAGGCAUUCAGACGCAAUUGAUAAGUCGCGAUGGAACAGGCAGCAUCCGAGCGGUUCGUACUGUACGGUGGUGAUCUACGCAACAGCAUCGAGGCUGGGUGCAAUUCGGUGGGCGAGCUGAUCGUAAAACGACUGUACCGCAAUGGGGAUGAAGUGGCACUGAUUGAUGGUGUUUCGGGAGCAACGCUCACGUACCACCAGAUACUGGCCCGUUCGCUCAAGCUGGCCAAUCGUUUCCAUCGGCUCGGCAUCAAGCGUAACAGUGUCGUUGGCAUCUGCAGCGAAAAUAGUGUCCAGUUUCCGAUCAUUACGUUCGCCACGCUGAUGCUGGGCGGAACGGUGCUACCGAUCAACUACGGCUACAGUGAGGCGGAGCUGCAGCAUGUCUUACAGCUAACCAAACCGAUCGCUCUGUUCGCAUCGGAGCAACCGCUGCAAAAGAUCGUAACGAUACGUAACGUUCUUCCCUCUGUGAAGCUGCUCGUUUCACUCGGCCAGCAACGUCCGUCGCGUGGCAUUGCUCUGCUGGAAGAUUUCUUCGACAACAGCCCACCGGGAAGCUUGCACAGCUUCACGCCCCAGCCCGUGCCGCUCAAGCAGGAAGUCGCCGUAAUGGUUAUGUCAUCGGGGACGACCGGCCUACCGAAAGCGGUCCAGCUGACGCACCACAACGUGAUGACGGUGAUGGCGUACCAGGCGGAAGAUCCGCGCUACACCGAGCUGCCCGUACCGGUGCGCGUGCUGGGCCUGCUGCCGUUCUACCACGUGUUUGGCUUUAUGCUUUCGCUCAACAGCUGCCUGAACAAGGUACCGAUGGUAGUGUUGCCCCGCUUCGAACCGGACUUAUUUCUACGCACCAUCCAGAACCAUCGUAUCACGAUGGCGAGCCUCGUUCCGCCGCUCGUUGUCUUCCUGGCGAAAAGCCCGCUCACGCAGGGCUAUGAUUUGAGCUCACUGCAUGCGCUGCUUUGCGGGGCCGCUCCGUUAAGCCGAGAGAUAGAGGAACUCGUCCAAUCGCGUCUACCGAAUGUGCAAACGGUCCGUACCGGGUACGGUAUGAGCGAAACGUCGCUCGGCGUAAUAUCGCGCAUGAACGAUAAGGUCGGUUCAGUAGGGAAGGUACACAAGACUACGUACGUGAAGGUGGUCGACCUGGAGACGGGCUGUGCGCUCGGUCCGAACCAGGCGGGCGAGAUCUGCGUCAAGGGUCCGCUGGUGAUGAAGGGCUACCUCCACAACGAUCGUGCCACAGGGGAAAUAAUCGAUGACGACGGUUGGUUGCAUACCGGCGACGUUGGGUAUUAUGAUGAGGAGCAGGAUUUUUUCAUCGUGGACCGAAUCAAGGAUCUAAUCAAGUACAAGGGCUUCCAAGUGCCGCCAGCCGAGCUGGAGAAUGUACUGCUUAGCCACCGGCAGGUACGGGACUGUGCCGUCAUCGGUGUACCGGACGAGAUGGCCGGUGAACUACCGGCUGCUUUCGUAGUGCUACAGGCUGGGGAAAGUGUCACCGCGAGCGAAAUUGAACGGUACGUGGCGUCGAAACUGUCCCCCCAAAAGCAGCUACGAGGCGGUGUCUUUUUCGUGGACGAAAUACCCAAAACAGGUAGUGGUAAGAUUUUGCGCCGUCAGCUUAGAGACACAUUGCUGAAGCGGAAAGCUAAACUAUAACAUCGGGAUUCUAAAGACACAGUUUCACCAAGUUUUUUUAUAAAAUGACGUGUUAAAAAAAGUAAUAGAAAUCGUCAUACUCCAAUGGGCAAACAAAGUACCAAUUUCAACUCAAUGUUUAAUGAUUUCCACUUCGACACCGCUAAACGAAUUUAAUGUCACCCAUUAGCAGUGGUUUCCAUAGAACCAUUUUAAAUAUCCCAUGAACACCUUCAUGGUCGAUUUGAGUUUCAUUUGGAGCGCCAAGCUUGAGCUAUUGCACUGCUUCUGAAAGACGCUGGACGCAAUUGCUUCCAACUUCCAGAACUGGGAUAAUAAAACCAAGAAAUUAAUUCACCAUAAAACACGAAUGGGAAAGGUUUAAGUGCUGUUUUACACCGACCAAUCGUCACGCUAGUGUCCUUUUCCAUUUUAUUUUUUUGUAUCUUUUAGCUCAUUCCUCUCCGUCCAGGGUGGGUGAGUCACUUGCCAAUUCCUCCCAAGGAUUUUUUGUUGUUGUAUUUCUUGCGGUCCAAUCCGAAAUGGUUCAUCGAAAGCUUGCCACAUUUUUCGGGAAAGGAAUUUUAAUUUUGAAGGGAUAAUGAAUUCACGGAAUAUUCUGAAUAAUCUCCUGCCAGGGAACCGAAAUACACACACGCGCGCACACUGACACAAAAUAUGCUAUGGACACAUUCAACGCAUCGUGGUUGUGUUUUGUUGAGCUACUUUUUAGCAUCACCAUAAUCGUCCGAUUCGAGGGAUGAACCACCGCAGCUUAGAGAUUGAGAGCAAAAGGGAGAGCUCGUGCCGGAGGAUUUGGUGGUUAUUUCUACUAGAGGACAUUUCCAAGAGCGACAACAACAAAAACACAUUUCCCGUGGCAUCUAGCUUUUCCCUUCGUAAGACCAGUCCCAUCAAAGAAUCAAUUUCACUAAUUAACUGUAAAACAUCCGGCCAUCUCUGCAUCGUCCACUGGCCGGGACCAUACCGGAACCGGAAAGUAUAAAAAGUAACAUAAAAAUGGCAAACAAAAAAACCCCUCACAACCAAAAACGCUUUGAGCUGGAUUUGUAGCGCAGUUAGUUUUCACCUAACAGAAGUUGAAAGCUACGAGGCUACUACGGGCAAUGGCAGAUAAUUUGUGACCAUGUCAACACAGGGGUCAGUUUUUUUUUUUGCAAAAUCCACCACAACUCGGUAAAUAAUUAUCUCACUCGCACUGGCGUAAAUCGUAAGCUACACCGAACGCUUCAGCCUUUGUGAGAAGCUUUCAACGAAAUUAAAUCUACCGUACAAUGUGUUUUGGUUUCCGAAUAUUCGUGUGGAUCAGCGAAGAAUAUGCUCCGUUUCAAAUACGAGCUGCGGUAAGCCGUAGCAAGAAUUUCACAAAGUUUGUGAAGUGUAAUUUGGUUUUGGGUGAGAUUAUAACCACUGAAAAUGUACCAAUCAGAGGUAAUAACAUUCACAGGCAGGCUUCAUAGGCUCCUCAUCUUAUCUGUAAUUUGUAAAGUAUUUAUCAUCAGAAAGAGGUUAUCUGGCAGCAAUGACGAGCAGCUUUUGUAAACGAAUAUCAGCUUCAGAGCAGCUAUCUAUUUUGUGUGCAUACCCGCUACCAUUCAUGGACAAAGAUAAUGUUCCAAUGGGUUUAAUUUCUGUAUUUACUUUUUUAAUAACUAAUAAAGAGCAUAAAUCACUUCUCAGCCUCAACAAGCACUCUUACUCCUUUUCUCCAUACUUCUAAACGCGUUCAGAAAGCAUCAUCUACAUACUCUCUCCCAGCUA